UCAGUGAUCAUUAGCAGUUAUAUUUCCGAUUUGAGCGUGAGUUUCAGAACUGCUUUCGACAAUGUAUCGUUAGAGACUACUUGUCUUUUGUUGAUCAAAAAAGAGCUUAGCUACUGUAAAGCUGUUUUUACGCUACCACUACGCUACUGAGAAAUGUUUUUAAACUAUAGCGUCACUCGGCUAUAUUUGUAGCUACUGCCCAUCACUGACAAAGUAUACCACAAGAACAACAUACAGUAUGUUCAGUAUCUUAAGGAAAGAAAUUACAGAAAUGACAGGGAAAAGAUCAGACUCGGAAGCAUCCAGCUCUGUGUCUGUGAAGAGUGACCAUUCAAUAGGUGGUGUACCAGACUUAAGUAUGGAAACAACAUCCCCUGCAAAAAGGAAAAGAUCAGUCUCAGAAACAUCCAGCUCUGUGUCUGUGGAGAGUGAUCAUUCAAUAGGUGGUGUACCAGACUUAAGUAUGGAAACAACAUCCCCUGCAAAAAGUAUGAAAAGAUCAAUCUCAGAAACAUUCAGCUCUGUGUCUGUGAGGAGUGAUCAUUCAAUAGGUGGUGUACCAGACUUAAGUAUGGAAACAACAUCCUCUGCAGAAAGAGAAAGAUCAGGCUCACAUGUAUCCAGCUUUGUGUCCAUGAAGAGUGACCAUUCAAAAGAUGGUGGAACACCAAAAUUCAGUGAGAAAACAACAUCUACGAAAAGUAACAAAGGACAUAAGACCACAGUAAAUAUUGGUUCAGAAAUUACACGGUGGGAAGCUCUAAAAGCACAGAAGGGAAUGAGAAGUGAUGUGGAACUGGCAACUUUUCUUCUCAACAAAAUUCAACAUGAGCAAUCAGACUUCCAGAAUUAUCGCUUCAACAUAGAAAAUCUUGUCUGGAUCUUCAAGGAUCUUGAGGACAAAAUUAUUAUAUUUCUGAAGAAUGAACUGACAAGGUUGAAGAAAAUAUUAAAAAAAGAGAACACACAAUACUUUGUGCAGGAUUUUAUAAAGGACACAUGUGAAAUCAAAGAAGCAGCUUUUGAUAUCGUACUUUAUUUUCUAAAAAGAAUGAAGCAAGAUGAGAUUGCAGACACUUUAAAAGAGCUGAUCUUCAUUCAUCAACAACAACUUAAAUCGAACCUGAAGCAAAAGUAUCAAUGUGUGUUUGAAGGAAUUGCAAAGCAAGGUGAUUGUACACUUCUGAAUAAAAUCUACACUGAUCUUUAUAUUACUCAGGGUUGUAGUGAGCAGGUUAAUACUGAGCAUGAGGUAAGACAGAUUGAGGUUGCUUCCAGGCAACAUGAAUCACAGGAGAUACAGGUUGAAUGCAAUAAUUUGUUUGAAGCAACCGAACAAAACAAGAUGAUCAAAACUGUACUAACAAAAGGAGUUGCUGGUAUUGGAAAAUCCAUCUCUGUGCAAAAGUUUGUUCUGGAUUGGGCUGAAGGAAAAGAAAAUCAAGACAUCAGCUUCAUAUUUCCUCUUCCUUUCCGAGAGAUGAAUUUCAAGGAGAAAGAAAAACUUAGUUUGAUGAGCCUGAUAAGUCAGUUUUUCCCAGAGGCAAAAGAACUGAACCUUACGAAAAAUGAUAAAUUUAAAGUCUUAUUCAUUCUUGAUGGACUGGAUGAAUGUCGUCUUCCUCUAAACUUUGAGGGUAAUGGGACGUGUCGUGAUGUAUCAUCACCAGCUUCUCUAGAUGUUCUCCUUACGAACCUCAUCAAGGGAAAUCUGCUUCCUUCUGCUCUCAUCUGGAUCACCACCAGACCAGCAGCUGCCAGUAAGAUUCCUCCUGACUGUAUUGACCGGCUGACAGAGAUACGAGGAUUCAAUGAUGCACAAAAGGAGGAGUACUUCAAAAAAAGGUUCAUGGAUGAGAAUCAGGCCAAAGAAAUCAUUGAUCAUGUUAAACAAUCAAAGAGUCUCUUUAUCAUGUGCCACAUCCCAGUCUUCUGCUGGAUUUCAGCCACUGUUCUCCAGAAUAUUUUAGAGGAGAAAAGAAACAAUGAUCUGAAAAACAAUCAAGCUGAUAACGCCUCCAAAACACUGCAGAGAUCAAAUACUGAAGACACUCCCAAGACUCUGACACAAAUGUACACACACUUUCUCCACUUUCAGAUACUGCAGAGUAGACGAAAGUAUGAUGGAAAAUACACUGCAGAUGUUUCAUGGGAUAAAGAUGCCAUUCUUUCACUGGGGAAACUGGCAUUUGAUCAGCUGAAAAGAAACAAUGUGAUCUUCUAUGACACAGAUCUGGAAGCCUGUGGUAUUGAUGUCUAUAAGGCAUCCGUGUAUUCAGGCAUGUGUACAGAGAUCUUUAAGGUGGAAAAAGGCAUAGCUCUUGGUACCAUGUACUGCUUUGUUCACAUGAGCAUUCAAGAGUUUAUUGCAGCCCUUUAUGCACAUAUUUUUCUAGACCUCAACAAGAAAAAUGCAUUUUCUACAGAACAGGAAAACAAAAAUGAAACUCUGUUUGAUUUGCUCAAGACUGCAGUGGACAAGGCACUCGAGAGUGACACUGGACACUUGGACCUUUUCCUUCGCUUCCUCCUUGGUCUGUCAAUUGCAUCUAAAAAAACACUCUUACGAGGUCUGUUGACACAGCAAAAUGGUGAUGAACAAAGCAAAAUGGAAAUAGUUCAGUACAUCAAGCAGAAAUUAGAUGAUAAUUUGUCUCCAGAGAGAUCCAUCAAUCUGUUCUACUGUCUGAAUGAACUGAAUGAUCAAACUCUGGUGAAAGAGAUUCAGAUCCACCUUAACAAAGGAAGUCUCUCAUCUGCUGACCUUUCUCCUGCCCAGUGGUCUGCUUUGGCCUUUGUGUUGUUGACAUCAAAUGAGGAGAUGGAGGAGUUUGAGCUUCAGAAAUUCAAGAAAUCAGACGAGUGUCUGAUUCGACUAUCACCAGUCAUAAAAACUUCCAGAAAAGCUAAAUUAAAUAAUUGUAAUUUAACAGACAGAAGCUGUUUAGCUCUGGCCACAGUUCUUGGAUCAGAUUCUAAUCUGAAAGAUCUGAACAUGAACAAUAAUAAUCUGCAGGAUUCAGGAUUAAUUAAUCUCUGUUCUGGACUUAAGAGUGUAAAGUGUGAAUUGGAGAUACUAAGUCUCAGAAAUUGCGAUCUAACAGAGGAAAGCUGUUCAACUAUUGCUUCAGUUCUCAGUUCAGACUCAAGCAGUCUGAAAGAUCUUGACCUGAGCAAUAAUAAAUUACAGGAUUCAGGAGUGAUGCUGCUCUCUGAUGGACUGAAGGAGAACUGUAAACUGGAGAAACUCAGACUUUCAAACUGCAGUAUCGCUGAGGAAGGUUAUAAAGCUCUGGCUUCAGCUCUGAGAUCAAACCCUUCACACCUGAUAGAGCUGGAUCUCAGAGGAAAUGAUCCUGGAGAAUCAGGAGUGAAGGAGCUUGAUGAUUUACUACUGGAUCCGAACUGUCAUCUGAAGACACUGAGGUUUUUGGGUCCUGCUGCCAAUGAAGCCUGUCAUUAUGUGACUGGAAUUUUGGGUAAAAACCCAUUACUCCUGAGAGAUCUGAAUCUGAGUGACCAUGAACUAGGAGACACACAAGUAAUUCAGAUUGCUGCUCUUCUGCAGGAUAAACAUUGUAAACUCAACACACUGAAACUCUCGGACUGCAGUAUCACUGAAGAAGGUUAUAAGGCUCUUGCUUCAGCUCUGAGAUCAAACCCUUCACACCUGAUAGAACUGGAUCUCACAGGAAAUGAUCCUGGAGAAUCAGGAGUGAAGGUGUUCAUGGAUUUACAGCAGGAUGGAUGCUGUAAAUUAAAGACCAUCAGGUGA